CUGAGUCCUGUCUCGUGCCUCUGUUUUUCCCUCCUUUUUUCUCUCAAUAUUUUCUUUAUAUACUGUCCUUAACUAGCUCUUGCCCUCUCUUUCUCUCUAUUCAGUGAAUUUCUUUGUUUGGAUUACCAUUGACAAUUGUGCAUUGCCAACACCACACUCAUGGCACCAGAGAAAGACAGUAAAGGUUCGGACAACUUUGCGUUUGUUGACGGUGUCAAUCGUUUUUGUGAUUUGGCAGAAAAUGAUAAUAGAAAUGAUAAUUUUUCAGAGGACGGUGAUGCUAACAAACUAGCAUACUGUGUGACAGAUGUUCCACCAUGGUACCUCUGCAUCAUUUUUGGAAUUCAGCACUGUCUUACAGCUUUUGGUGGUAUUAUCGCCAUUCCUCUGAUCCUGUCUCAGGGCUUGUGUCUACAGCAUGAUGGGCUCACGCAAAGUCACCUCAUCAGCACUAUCUUUUUCGUGUCAGGGCUGUGCACCUUACUGCAGGUCACUUUUGGAGUGAGGUUACCCAUUCUCCAGGGUGGGACGUUUGCUCUUCUUUCACCCUGCAUGGCUUUGCUUUCAAUGCCUGAAUGGAGCUGUCCAGCUUGGACACAGAAUUCCAGCCUGGUCAACAUUUCCUCUCCUGAGUUCAUCCAUGAAUGGCAGAGUCGCAUACAGGUGCUUCAAGGAUCAAUCAUGGUUGGAUCUCUGUUUCAAGUGCUUGCAGGAUUCUCUGGUCUUAUUGGGCUCCUUAUGCGUUUCAUCGGUCCUUUGACCAUCGCACCAACCAUUUCUCUAAUUGGCCUGUCGUUGUUCGACUCCGCUGGCAUGAAUGCAGGACACCAUUGGGGAAUCUCUGCUAUGACAACAGGUUUAAUUGUGCUAUUCUCACAAUACCUCCGCCAUUUAGCCGUACCUUUCCCCGCAUACAGCAAGGCCAAGAAUCUUCACACCACAAGGAUGUACAUAUUUCAGAUGUUACCUGUCCUUUUAGGAAUCACUGUGUCUUGGUUUAUUUGUUAUAUGUUUACAAUCUACAAUGUCCUGCCCUCUGACCCUAUUCAGUAUGGCUAUCUAGCCCGCACUGAUGUUAAAGGGGAUGUUAUUGGCAGGUCGCCUUGGUUCAGAUUUCCUUAUCCAGGUCAAUGGGGUGUGCCAACCGUAAGCCUUGCUGGCGUUUUUGGUAUCCUGGCAGGGGUUAUAUCCUCAAUGAUUGAGUCAGUGGGUGAUUAUCACGCCUGUGCCAGGUUAUCUGGUGCCCCUCCACCACCCAGACAUGCCAUCAACAGGGGCAUUGGCAUUGAAGGCAUUGGAUGUCUGCUGGCAGGUGCCUGGGGGACUGGAAACGGCACCACCUCUUACAGUGAGAAUAUAGGAGCCUUGGGCAUCACCAAGGUUGGCAGUCGCAUGGUAAUUGUGGCCAGUGGGUUUCUCAUGAUUAUAAUGGGAAUGUUCGGGAAAAUUGGAGCCAUAUUCACCACAAUCCCAACACCGGUCAUUGGAGGGAUGUUUCUGGUCAUGUUUGGGGUCAUUACUGCUGCAGGAUGUUCAAACCUACAGUAUGCAGACAUGAACUCAUCACGCAACAUCUUUAUCUUUGGAUUUUCCAUGUUUACUGGUCUUGUAAUUCCCAACUGGAUACUGAAAAAUCCUACAGCCAUAGCAACAGGUGUUGUUGAACUGGACCAGGUGCUUCAAGUACUUCUCACCACAAGUAUGUUUGUCGGAGGCUUCUUUGGCUUUCUUUUUGACAACACAAUUCCUGGAACGAAACGCGAAAGAGGCAUUGUGGCGUGGAACAGAGUCCACCAAAGUGAGUCGGACAACACAGUGGAAUGUAAUGAUGUUUACGGGCUGCCCUUCGGUAUUAGUGCCGCCCUGUCAUCUUUGCCCUGGACCAAAUAUGUGCCUUUCUGCCCAUCACACAAAACCAGCACGGAGGAUGACACACCACCCAACCUGGAUUCUGUGGACACUAAAACAGGGCCUAACAAAGAUGAUUCACACAUCAUAGUAGCGGUGGCAUUAUAAUAUGUGAAAGCUUGGUUUCAAAUUGAAAAGCCGACAUAUUUUCAUUCUUCAUAAGUAUGCGCUCACUGAACCGAGAAGGCAGCUAGUGUAAUUUCACAAUAUGAAUAACUUUAUACACUGUAAAAAGUUUGAUCAACUUAAAAGGUAUAGCAAAAGAUUUUUCUGCUUUUUUAAAAAUCUCCCGUGAGCAUGCACAAGCCUAGUUCUCUUCGGUCAAAUUGCUGCCGGAAUGGCUCAUACAUUGAAAUGUUUACCGUGUCUGUGCGGUUCGUGACUUGUGCCAGGGCUAAUCAUAGCUUACAUCAACUUUUACUAGCAGUGAUUUUAAAUGGAUUCCUCUAAAUAGCUUGCCAAACUUUACCUUUACCACACAUACACCUGAACGUGCGCAUGCGCCGAAGGCGAACCCUAGGGACGAACACGUACGAAGGCCUUAUGUAAACAUAAUCACCAGAAUGAUUGACAACUGGGAUGACCAAUAGCCUUGACCCAGAAAAAAAUCUUCCGCUAUACCUUUAAAAAAAGAAGAUUUGUACCACCUAAAAAAUGUACUUAAAAAAAUUUGUUUGAUGAAAAAUGUAAGUUGAAUAAAAAUGUUACCAAUUGAAGUAACUUUUUAAGUUGAAACAACGUUUCACUUUUUACAGUGUAUAUUCUAAUCUGCGGUACUGUUGUAUUUUAUUUGAGAUAUCAUUUUAUUUUCACAUUUUAUGCUUUAUGAACACUUGUUAAAGCAACACCAAAGAGUUUUUUUUUUACCUUAAAAUAACGUUUCCAAAAAAGUUUCAGUGGUUCAUCCACUCAAAACAGGGUGAAUGGCACUUUCACAUUCGCUUUGCAGCCCUCGAUCGGCCAAAACCGCACUAAAGAAGUUUCCAACCGUCGGGUAGUGGUCCUGUAGUUCGAGUGAAAACUAUAAAAACUUGCUUUACGGGACACCUACAAUCCAAUCAGAGUCAGCUAUGCUGCAGUAUUUACCACAGUGCUAAUGAACAAUUACGCUUUUAACCUGUAGGGGGAGCAAAGAGCAUUAACUCUUUAGUGUUGCUUUAAAGCUAAGUAUUACUGUACUUUUUAUAUCUCUAAACAGUAUUUAAAUAUCUUUUAAACAGUAUUUAAAGUUUUGGACAAUUUCAAUGAUUAUUUUUUCACUUUUAUCUUAGAGGAAGAUUUUCAAUAUACACAGAAGUGUCUAUUUCAAUCAAACAACAGCAAACAUUUAUCUAUGACGUUUCAGCAUGUCACAUAUCUAUGUUUUUGUAAAUGCUGAAUUUUAAAUGGAAAAAAGUAUACAGAUUAUAUACUAGAUUGUAUUUUGUACACAUAUGUUAUAUUUUAAAACCAUUGUUUUACUUUGUUUAACCUAAAUAUCUAUACUUGUACAUAAUUAGCCUAGCUCAUUUUUAAUCUUGUUUAUGCGUUAUUUUAAGACACAACAAAAAGAUAUGAAUACAAUAUAAUCCAAAAUGCAAUUCACUCUGCCUUUAUGUGCACAGAAUGACUUUCAGUUUGUUAGAUACAAUAUGUUUGGUAUAGUACUGUAUAUCAGAUACUUCUUUUGCAGUUCAGAGAAAUGACUGUUCUCAUUCUGCUGCAUGGUCAAAAGGACAUGCAAAUGCCCUGUCAUUUGUAAAUUGGUUUAGAUAAAGUGAAAGUGAUGUAAUGGCCAAUGUAUGGUAACCUACUGUACACUGUCAGAAAACAAGGUACAAAAAGGCACAAAAGUUUUCACUGGGGAUGUACCUAUAGGUGCAUAUUGGUACUGCAAAGGUACACAUUGGUACCAAAAUGGUAUUCUGGUUUAAAAUGGCUUUCUGAGAGUGUACAGCAAUCAGCUCUGCACUAAAUUGCAGUGCCGUGGUUGGAUAGUGCAGGUUAAGGGGCGGUAUUAUCCCCUUCUGACAUCAUAGGGGGAGCCAAAUUUCAAUGACAUAUUUUUAACAUGCUUGCAGAGAAUGGUUUACCAAAACUAAGUUACUACGUUGUUCUUUUUAACAUUUUCUAGGUUGAUAGAAGCACUGGGGACCCAAUUAUAGCACUUAA